AUGGCUUCUUACAAAUCCGCCCUCAUUUCUUUUGUCGUCACUUUAACAGUCUUUGGUUUCACUGCCGCGGACACCUGUUAUUCUUCAAAGAGAUAUUACAGCUACAUUGACAACGAUAUGAGAUACCGGUCCGAUUCCACUUACUGCUCCUACUUGACCGGCUGCUGUUCCAAAUUCGGGGAAUCUGCCUCCUGUUGCUCCAGUGACAUAUACUACUACGACGGCUACUACGAUGUGAUCUACUAUAGCUACUCGCUUUCAACCGCAGCUAUAGCCGGGAUAGUGAUUGGCUGUCUCUCAGGCAUCGGGAUUUUCAUUGCCAUCAUCGUCUGUUGCUGCUGCGCGUGCUUUCGCAGCACGGGCCCUAGGACGGGCGGUCAGGUAUUAACUCCUGUCGGUGUAGGGGCCACAGUCGUCACAACACAACAACAAGCCUUUCCUCAGCCACCGCCGACCCAGCCAUAUCCAGGCUACAACCCAGCCUUUGUACCAGACUCUGCGCCCACUCCUAAUGCAGGAGCUGCGCCCUUUAAUAACGAGAUGGCACCCCCUCCGUAUGCAAACAAGUAUUAAUCCCUCCACACGAACA